AUGUACAAGUGUCCUGAACCUAACUAUGAUAAAUACUUCAGUCAUCAUUCUUCUUAUCACAACUAUAUAAAAACCCACAAUAAUAUAAUUGAAAAACUUCUUCAAGAAGCUACUAUAGAAAGAAGAAGUUUUAGAGAAGAAAUAGAAAGUAAAAAAGAUAUUGAACAAGGAUUUGAAGACCAUAUAGAUGAUAAAAUAGAUGAAAUAGUAAAUAGUUUAGAGUCUAGUUAUAGUGAAAAAAGAAGAGGUAGAAAUAAUGAAAUAGAUAAUGAUGAAGCAAAA